CUUUUAAUAAUAAAUAUAUUGUUAUUACAUCUUUAUUAUCUACAGUAAGUUGGUAAUUGAACAGGAUUUAUUCAUUAAUACAGCAUUUCCUGUUAGAAGUUAACAUCAUAGUUGUUGGUCUUUAUAUAAAUGUUCCACCACCUUCCCAUGAAGCCUACAUCUACUAUUCUGGAUGGGAAACUGAAGUACGAAGGCUUUAAAUAUGAACAUUGUGCUUUAUACAAAUCACAUCCAUCAUUUAAAAUAUUAACAUACAUUAUUGAAGCGAUGCCUAGACUUCUAUAAUGGAUAACAUCUUCAUUAUAACAUAUAUCGAUAUAACGCAAAUGUUCUAUUGCCUUUCUGCUUUGACACUGUUCACUAACUAAAAUAACUUCAUUGGUCACCCUUUUUAAACUAUCUUUAAAAUCAAUUUCAUUUGGAUUAUUAGAAGCCAAUGUGAAGACUGUAACCAAACCCGUUGUCCAUUUUAAAGCUUUGAUCGGUUCAUCUUGGAUAUCAACCCUUAGGUCUUGUAGCAUCUGACGAUAAUCAAUAAAUAGAUUUUUCCAAUAGUCAGUCCAUUUUUCUAUUACAGUUCCUUUUAGCCUUUCAGGGAAUUUUAUUUUACCCAAAGUAUUGAUAUAAGAAAUACUUCUUACACUUUUUAACAUAUUGAAACAAUAUAAACUGUGUCUGAGUGAAAUAAGUACAAACAGAAACAAAAAUUCAGAAAAUUUUAACCUCUAAUUUGACGGGAUUCACAGUCAGCUGUCAUUUUUAGAAUUUUGCCACAUUGUAUUUUUUUUUUCUUUUAUAGCUUGCACGGAUUGUGCGUCAGCCACAUACGAGUGCAAAGGUAAAGCGCCUACUGACAUACCUGCCGCAGGGACAAUCUAGAGUGGGAAUGACCCUUAAUUGCCUCCUGAAUAAUAAUAUGCCAGCAAAUCGAAAUAUAUCAUUACGAGUUCUAUCACGUGUGGUAGUUAUUUCAUCUCUUUUGAUUGUUGUAUACUUUUCUUCAAAACAAGAAAACGUAAAAACAUUCGCUAGACAAACAGAAAUGAUAGUUGGGAAAGGUCUGGUAGUUGAAUGUUCCCCAGAUUACAUAAAUGAAAUUGUGAAAUUUGAUGAAUGUUAUCCAAAGGAAUGUAAAAGAUUUGUAACAGAUCAAGUGAUAUCUGCAAAAGAAGCAAAUGAUUUACUCAUUAUAGCAAAGAAAGGAUUUCUACUUGGUGGUUCAGAUGGUGGGGCUUCUAUACUAGACCUACACAGUGGAGCUUUAUCAAAAGGAAAAUAUUUUAUCAAUAUUUAUAAAAUGGAGGCAACAAAAGACAUAUUUACUGAUAAAGACUUCAAUACACUAAGGGUAAUCAAAGAGAAAAUCAAGUAUGCUGUAGCACAUCACUUCAGUGUAAAUCCAAAUAAAUUAUACUUGACAUCUCCAACAUUCUUUUCUGAAAUGACAUCAAAGAAACCUGUCACUAUACAUGAUGAAUAUUGGCACCCGCAUGUUGAUAAAGAAACAUAUAAGUCAUUCCAUUAUACAACAUUAUUGUAUCUUGGUGACUAUGGUAUUGACUUCAAAGGUGGCAGAUUUGUAUUUAUUGAUGACAAGCUCAAUAGAACUGUAGAACCAAGAAAAGGCAGAGUAAGCAUGUUUACUAGUGGUAAAGAGAACCUACAUUAUGUUGAGAAAGUUACCUCAGGUGUAAGAUAUGCUGUUACUGUAGCUUUCACAUGUGAUAAAGUAUUUGAGUUAAAAUAAUAUAAGAGACUGUAUUCUAAUCAUAGUUAAAUUAUUGUAAUAUUUCUUUUUGUUAUAUAAAAUAGAACAGCCUACAGCAGCUAUAC